GAGUCGACUCUUUCGCGGACGACGUGUGAGUGUUGUGCAGAGGUAAGCUGUUAUGAAACAGCAGCGUGUGUUUUAACGUGAUGAGCGUCUGAAUUUCUCUGUUAGGAGAUAAAAACACUAAAAUAGGAUUCAGUUAAACUGCUGAGCUGGUCCUGGUGCUCAGAGCCAUGCUCUGUGUGUGUGUGUGUGUGUGUGUAUGUGUAUACGUACGUACGUAUGUACGCAUGCGAGUGUGUGCGCGAGGGGAUAAAAGGUUACCGGUUUCAUGAUAAUGUUCCCCGGCAGUAAGAGAUCUGUGAUGUCAGACUCGGUGGCCCAUACGACGGAAGCGGAGCCUCUGAAAGGCCGACAAGAAGAAACAGGUGGGCCCAAUGGGCGGGGCUGUGCAGGCAAAGUGGGCAUGGCUAAACUGUCAGGGUGGCGCACGGCGGCGUUCCUGCUCUCAAUGUUCAUCUGCCUGAGCGUGGUGUUUGCCUUCUCCUUCAUCCUGCCCUGUCCUGUCAGACCACAGUACCAGUCCACCUGGAACCUGACUCUACCUGCUGCAGUGACAUACAACUUCCUGGCUGUUGGUGAUGCGAGUAAAGACAAAGUGCUGGACGUGUUCCUCAUCUAUAAGAGUUCAGAGGGUCGCAUGAACCACACCUGCAUUGGGGAAGGUCUGUCUUCCCCGUGUCUCUUUCUCCUGGCUGUUGAUGGAACUGGUGGACAGUAUCUAUGGGAACGACCUCUAGCUGCUGAAUUUGAUUGGGCGGAAUGUGGAGUGGGCGGAGUCAAAGGUAAAGGAGGGAACCUUUGUGUGGUGGCUCAUGCUGAUAAACUCACCGCCGUUGACAUACACACAGGUGAAAUCCUGUGGAAGAGUUCUCGAUCUCUGGUUGCUAACGGUAACCGCCCAGUGAUCAGUCUGAACAACGACAAAACCAAUGACAUCGCAGUGCUGAGUUACUCAACCACCGACACACCUGCAGUGAAGGACCUGGUGUUCUUCUCAGGUAUAUCCGGUGAGAUGAUUGGCUCCAAGGUUGAUGUGGGCGUGGCUCCGGGUCAGAUGAAGUCUCACCUGCAGUUCAGCACAGCGAGUGAAGCGCAGUACGUCCUGCUCCACACAGACCGAGGGCUGUAUGCGGUGAGUUUGGGAAGGUUGGCAGCGAGUGCUCUCUCUGGUCUCGACUCCAGUCUGAAGAGAGAUAAAAGCUGGGAGCAAAGAGCCGAUAACCAGGGACUCAUCACACUAUAUGACUCGGGCUCUUUGCAGUCGGUCGUGAAGGUGAGGGGUGGAUAUUCGAGCUCCUCUCCCUCACUGCUGCUCCAGACCAACUCCGCUGUGAUGCUUUUCGACACACAGAAACUCAGCGUUACUUGGACCACCAACACAAGCACCCUGAUCAGUACUCCAUCAUUUGGACACUUCAACAAAGAUAGAGUUCCUGAUAUCAUGCUUGAGGAAGACCAGAGAAACGACACCAAGAGAGUGGUGAUUUUAGAUGGAGAGACGGGCAGUGUGCUGUGGGAGUUGUUCCUGCCGUUCCACUUUAACAAUCCACAACCAGCUUCUAUUCUCACAAUCAACUACUACUCUGUGUUCAUGCUGUGGGGAGAGACACACACACACACCAAUGACACGAGCGUGGAGGGAGAGGAACGCUCUUCGUAUCUACUCUACCCACUCCAUUCUGAUGUCUUGCUGGAGAGGAGAAACCCCGCCCAACACAUCAUUGCCUUUAAAGCACUUCUCUUGGAACGAGGCCGUCAUGCCAGUUACCUCAUCCUGACCGAAGAGGACGGAGCCCUGAACAGCAGCUCGGUGCUUGAUGGGACGAAGCAGGUGGUCCUGACCAAGCGGAAGAUCAAAGGCGACGUCUCUGAGAGCAGCGUGCUAAGAGUGGGCGGAGCUGGCAGACUGGAUGGAGACGUCUCCUGGCAGGAGGAGUCUGUGAAGGAGGCGUUCUAUAGGCUGAGGUUCAGCGAUCAACUUCAGUGAUGUUUAAAUUCACAAAAGUCUGUGUGUGCGCUACUGAUCUGAUUUCAUCUGUUUGGGAAUCAGUGUGAGGGGAUCAGUGCUGGGAUUAGAGUGAGAAAAUGAGUGGGAGGGGAUUAGUGUGAGGUGAUCAAUGCGGGAUUAGUGCUGGGAUUAGAGUGAGGGGAUUAAUGUUGGGGGAUUAGUGCUGGGAUUAGUGUGAGGGGAUCAGUGCAUGGGAAUUUGUGUGUGGGGAUCAGUGCUGGGAUUAGAGUGAGGGGAUUAAUGUUGGGGGAUUAGUGCUGGGAUUAGUGUGAGGGGAUCAGUGCUGGAUUAGAGGGAACAGAACAGAACAGGAAUAGAAACAGCUGUCAGUAGUGCAUUCAGACUUGUAGCCCCAACUCUAUCACAUUCAAUCCUUUGGUCCAGAACAAUUUCAAAGACUCUCUCUCUCUCUCUCUCUCUCUCUCUCUCUCUCUCUCUCUCUGUAUUACUCUACAUAUUUGGGAGCUACACUGGAUUUUGUACGUUGAACACUACUACUUGCUGUGCUUUAAUCCUUACGCACCAGGUCUUGUCCCAUUUCACUGAAGGAGCCUUCCUCUAGGACUGUGUUUUACUCCCGUACUCUUGAAUUUAGUACUCUAAACCCUAACUCUAAUACCUGUGCAUUGAACCAGGCAGUGUUUGACCCCAGACGUGUGUACCCUAAUCCCUAGUUACUACACUGUAAUCUCUAUGCACCAAAUGGGAAUGCUCUUGCCCCAUUAUACUGAAGCAGCCUUCCUCUAGACUGCGCUCGGUGCCUUUUAUAAACACUGUGUAAAUGAGACACGACCUUCAGCUGCGAAGACAAAAACCAAGACAAUCGAGACGUUUACAUUCGAUGAUUAUUUGCUUAGAAAUAAACGUAGAAACAGGAAA